AUUUUGAAUAUAAAACACAUUAGAAAACAAAAAAGGUCCCGGGUUUCAUGUUCCACGAAACGUCAAAGUAAAAGUAAUAACACUCAUUGUCCCAUUCUUUAAAUAUCUCACGACUUCUCACCUCAUAUUUCUCUCACACUCCAUUUACCAUGACUUACACUAAGAGGCAAAUCAAGAUCAAUCACUGGCCGGAGAAGAAAGACAAAGAGAAGGAGAAAUACCCAAAAAACAGUGAAACGAUAAAAUUGAUAGUUCUCACUCUGCUUCUCUCCUUCUCAAUUUGUUUCCUCUUCCUAAUUCUCCAUUUCCCCUUCACAACAGAGUUCACAGCCUCAAUCCCCCGCAAAUGCUACCACAAUUUCACCGUCUACGUCUACGAUCUUCCCAAAGAGUUCAACAUCGGUAUCCUCCAAAACUGCCGACACUUAAACAUCUACACCAACAUGUGUCCCCACGUAGCCAACAAUGGCCUCGGUCAGCCUCUUUACCGCAGCGGAAGAACCUCGUGGUUCGCUACACACCAGUUCAUAGCCGAGAUGAUCUUCCACGCACGUGUAAAGAACCACCCGUGCCGCACGUGUGAGCCAAACAAUGCCGACAUCUUCUACGUCCCUUUCUACGGUGGCCUCUACGCUUCAAGCGUCUUCCGAGAGCAAAACCUGACCAACCGCGACGAGCUAGCCGUCAGAUUAGUUGACUAUAUUAGUGGCCAACGAUGGUGGAAGAGAAGCAACGGUCGUGAUCAUUUCUUGGCUAUAGGGAGGACAGCUUGGGACUUCAUGCGCUCCUCCGACACUGAUGACUUUGGAGCAAACAUGCUCAUGCAAAUGCCACGUGUCAAGAACAUGUCGGUGCUGACCGUGGAGAGGCAACCUUGGAAAGGUGACAAUCACUUUGGUAUACCGUAUCCUUCUUAUUUUCACCCGUACACGUCAGCAGAAAUGGUGACGUGGCAAGACAAGAUGAGAAGAGUCGAUAGACCAAACUUGUUUAGUUUUGUCGGUGGGCCGAGAAAGGGCUUGGAGAAAGCAGCCAUUAGAGACAAGCUGAUCAAGCAAUGCGCUGAGUCGAGCCAUUGUGAGCUUCUCAAGUGUGAAAAUGGAGGGUCCAGGUGUCACGACCCGAUGACGGUAUUAGGAGUGAUGGCUAGGUCACGGUUUUGUCUACAAGCACCGGGGGACUCAUACACGCGUAGGUCAACAUUUGAUGCGAUGUUAGCCGGCUGCAUACCGGUAUUUUUCUCACCACACACUAUGUAUACACAGUACUUGUGGUAUCUUCCAGACGAUAAAAGAAGUUACUCAGUGUUUAUGGACGAAAAGAACAAUACUCAUAUAGAACAAGAGCUCUUGAGGAUCUCAGAGAGCGAAGUGGUUCAAAUGAGAGAAACAGUCAUCGAUUUGAUCCCAAGCGUAACUUAUGCGCACCCAAAUGCUACUAACUAUGAUUUACCAGAUGCGGUUGAUGUAGCGUUAGAGGCGCUAGCUAAGCAAGCAAGAGACAAGGUUGUGGUUUCAUUGUAAGCCCUAUAUAUACUUUUGUGCUUUUCUGAUGUAAUUAGUCCCAAAGAAUAAAGAAUUUUAGUGGCUCAAGCCAAGCAGGUGAUAAUAUUUUCAUCUACGUCACCUUCCUGAAUGCAAUGGUAGAGUUUUGUUUUGGCUAA